AUGGCCCCCGACGAUACAAAGGGAAAGAAGCGCAAGAGCGCACCUGAGACAACGCCCAAGGCAAAGAAGGCCAAGAAAGCCGACGAUGUAGCCGCCAGCGAGCCCAAGCCAACGCGCAAGUCUGCGCGCAAGCAAGCCUCCGACUUCAUGGACGUUGACGAAGAGAAGGAAGUUGCGCCUGUUGUUGCUGCUGAGCCCGUCAAGCCCAAGAAGGGCAAGCAGAGCAAGGCCGCCGCUCCCGCAAAGGUACCUGAGCCUGCUGCAGAAGUCGCAGAGGUCGCAGAGGUCCAGGAGAAGCCCAAGAAGCAGGCAAAGAAGGCAAAGACUGCUGUUGUAGAGGAGACUACUGUCACAGAGACUCCCAAGGAGACAACAAAGAAGACGAAGAAGACAAAGGUGGCCGCUGAUGUCCCAGCUGUCGUAGAAGAGACCACUGUAGUCACCAAGCCUAAGAAGACAAAGGGUGGCAAGAAGCAGGAGGCGCCCGAGCCUGAGCCCGAGCCCGAGCCAGAGGUGGACGCCACAGAGCCCGCCGCCGCCUCAGAUGAUGAAGACGUUGCAGAAGACGACCAGACAGCAGCCCUGCUUGCUGGCUUCAGCGACGACGACUCAGACGAUGCCGACGAGGAUGUCGACUUCAACGAGGACGAAAAGAUUCCAAAGCUCAGCGCAAAGCAGAGGAAAGCCAUCAAGCAGGCCGAGGACGCCCCCAAGUCCAACCAGCCUGGUGUCAUUUAUGUCGGUCGUGUGCCACGCGGUUUUUAUGAACCCCAAAUGAAGAAGUACUUUUCUCAGUUUGGAAAGGUCAACCAGUUACGUUUGUCGCGUAACAAGAAGACGGGCGCCUCCAAACACUAUGCUUUCGUUGAAUUCCAAUCACAAGAAGUAGCUGACAUUGUCGCACGGACCAUGAACAACUACCUCCUCUUCGGCCACGUCCUCAAGGUUCACCUUAUUCCCACCGACCAAGUACACCCUGAUCUUUUCAAGGGUGCCAAACAGCGGUUCAAGGUCGAUCCCCGCAACAAGAAGGCUGGUCUUGAGAUGGAGCGUGGGGCUGAGCGCUCGCAGUGGGAGAAGCGUGUUGUGAAUGAGAACAAGCGGAGAGGUACCAAGGCCAAGGAGCUAAAGGAGAUUUUUGACUACGAGUUUGAGGCACCGACACUCAAGACUGUCGACAGCGUCCCCGCGCACACUACCAUAAAGAAGCUCAAGCCUUCGGAGUCCAAGAAGCUUAUUACCGACACGCCUGCUGAGGAGGUUACUGUUGCCGAGCCAAAGGUCAAGAAGGGCAAGAAGGGAGCAAAGGCUGAGGCUGAGACACCAGCAACCGAGGCCGUUGAGCCUACCAAGGUAGCCUCUCCAGCACAAGCGAAGAAGGGCAAGAAGGCCACAAAGGCAGCUGUUCCAGAGAAGCCCAAUGACGUGGCUGAAGAGCCUGCAGUAGUCGAACCUGCCGCCGACAAGAAGACCAAAAAGGACAAGAAGCGAAAGUCCGACGUUGCACUUGAGACUAGCACUGCCGUCGAGGAGGCUGUUGCCGAAGCACCAGCCAAGAACAAGAGGGCGAAGAAGGAAAAGGAGAGCAAGCCCGAGACUAUUGUCGAGGAAGUCGAGGAGAAGAAGGUUGCUGCAAAGCCCAAGAAAGCUAGCAAGAAGGCAAAGGCUUGA